AACACCGGGGUGCUCGCCAUGGACCCCCAGAGGCUCUCCGAGGUUCUCGACGUGAUCGUGCAGGUGGGCACGGCGACGGGCGAGGAGGACGCGGCGAUCGCGCUCGUCGGGUCGCUUCGCGCGAGGCUUCGCGCCGUCACCGCCGCGGUGGCGCCCGCGAAGCGCCGGCCCAAGGUUUUAUCCCUGGAGGGACUCAGGCCGCUCGCGGUGGGCGGGCACUGGCUGCCGGAGAUGAAACACCUCGCGGGGGGCGUGGACGAGCUGCAGGAGCCCGGCGCCCCCGCCGCCGGACUCCGGUGGGAGCAGGUGCUCGGGUACGCGCCCGAGGUUCUCAUCCUCGCCCCGUGCGUAUCGCCAACGCCGGAGGAUACGUUGGACGAACUCGACAGGCUGGCGUCGCAACCCGGAUUCUGGGCCUUACCCGCGGUGCGAUCCCGGGAGGUGUACGUGGUGCACCACGUGCUGUUCAGUCGCGCGGGUCCGAGGCUGGUGAACGGCGUGGAGCUCCUCGCGAAGAUUUUGCACCCGGAGCUC